UGAAGAAAAAACCUGAUAUGAUUAAAGCAGGAUUUGGGCACUGGCAGAGAGCUGCCGUGGGUGGUGGGUAUUAGCAGUAACAGCUGCUGCGCUUCCCAUUAGAGGAGCAGGCGAGGAAGGUCCCUGAAAGGAUGGGUCUUCGCAGGCUGGCAGGACAGUGGUGGCAGCGAGCCCGGCAGCGAACGUGUCCCGAGGAUGGAGGAGGGUGGGAGAGCUCCCAUUGCCAUUGUUGGCUGGGCCUGCAUGACCCUGUGCUUGGUCUCCUACGCGGCCGCCUUCUCGCAGGGUGCCAGCCUUUCCGCCUGCAGCGACAUGAUGCCCAGGCACCUGAGGGUGCAGCUGCACAGCUCCAACAGCAACUACGUCACUGUCCACACCAACAUGUCCUUCUUCUUCCCAGGAGACAAGGUGCCAGUGACAGUAAGAAGCACCCGGGAUUACAUGGGCUUUAUGCUGCAAGCUCGCAAAGUGUCCAACAUGGAAAUCGCUGGCACAUUCAUCUUCCUGCCUCCCGGUUCCAAGCUGCUGACUUGUUUUGAAGAUGGUGACACCGUCACACACUCGGACAAGUCACUGAAGAGAAACCUGUCCUUCGUAUGGAAAGCACCAGACCAACCCAUUGGAGACAUCAAGUUUUUCAUCUCCAUAGUCCAGUCAUACUUUGUUUACUGGACAAAGAUUGAAUCUGCUGUUGUGGCUCAGGGAGGGCAAAACAAGACUCUUGCUGACAAGAAGCCCAGUGCUGUAGCCCCCACGCCCCUGCAGGGACCAGCUGACCCUCACCCCACAGGUCCCAUCUCUCCUGCAGCUGCCACUGGCUCCCCGCUGCCUGCCAGCCUCAAUGGCAUCGUGGCAACACCAGCACCAGAGCUGGGUUUUGGUGUGGGGUCUGAGACUCUUCCCGUUGCUGAGCCAAAGCAGGCGGCCCGGACUUUGCGGGCUGUGUCCAGCAGGAUUGUCCAGUCCAGAGCCCAGGGGUUGGAGCCAUCCCUUCCCACCCAAGAUGUUGGAAUGGUGGAUGCCUUGCAAGGUUUCCUCUCCCAGGACAAUGCCUCCAGCUACAGCACCUUCAAUGGAGCAGGAAGCAUUGCCAGUGCUGCCACCGUACACUUGUGUUUGAUGUGUACAGGCAACAGGAAGGUAAGCACCAGGGCUGGGGAGGACACCCUAGCAGCCCAUGUAGGUGUCAUAAAUGAUGUGACUACAGGCUGCUGGAAAUGUGUGUGCUUAGAGAUACAGGACACAGAGUUAACAGGCCCCCUUUCCUCUUCCCUCACUGCACAUUUUGGCAUGUUUUUGCUUUCAAAGGGCAGUACUGAGAGUGGGACCAUCUUGAAAGCCUCCCAACGUGUGAGUGAGACAGCGUCUCCCUCUGCCCUGCAUGUACGCACUCACCUGGGCGGCGUUGCUGCAGCCACAGCCUGGCUUGGUGAUGCCAGCACUGCUGGCAAUUUGUCCUCAGCCUCAAGGCAAAUGGCAGAGAGAGAGCUGGCCCCGCAGCCAGUUGGGGCAGGCACCAGGGCUGAGGAGGACAAGGAUGAGCCAGAGGCAGCUGGGAAUACCGUCCCAUGGGUGACCAGACCAUCUCCCAAAUCUGCUGUUCCCGGGAUAGGAGAAAGCCCUGGCAGAGGAACCCGACUCCUUGCAGGCCAACUUGGCAUCCUCCUGCUCUGCACAGCCGUGCUGGGCCUGGCACUGGCAGCUGCCAUGCGCUGUGUCUGUGCCCAGCACUGCCACAAGCGGGCCGAAGUGUCCUUCAGCGAGCCCGACCCCGACGUCAUCACCAUCACGGAGAACGGGGCGGUGAUGCGUUUCCGAAAGAUCCGGGACAACGGCUUCGUGCUGGUGCCAGCCCAGUGCAACUGGGUCAGCCCCUCGAGCAGUGUGAAGAAGACUGUGGUGGUUUAGUCCCUCUUUGUGCUGCCAUACAGGCAAACAAACCCGAAGCAGCCAGUUCAGACAGAGGUAUUAGGCAAAUGUAUCUAAACUACAGCUGCUGAGAAAAUUGAAGCUGAUAGAUUGCUCGGUGUGUUACACUUACUGCAAUUAAUAUUGUAUAUCUGCUCAUUAGCUGUCACUGUGGCAGUGACAUACACUUCUUCUGUUGCCUUAAGGGUGUAGCCAAAAAUAGAAAUUCUUUCUCUGCACGGUGGUAUUGACUCCUCUUUAAUCUCAGAAAAAAAGUUUCUUGUGUUAUAUUUCUUUCUAGGAACUACAAACCCAACCAUUCUCAUUUAAGAGCUUACAGGUUUGACUCUGUGCACUUGGUAUCCUUCAGAUGACAAAUAUUUGCAAAAGAUUUCAAGUUGCAAU